GGACGCAUCUCUUGUGGAGAAGGGUGGACGGACGGACGACGAUUCCGCCCACCUGACGCGGCCAAUGACGAUCGGCAAGAUCGCGCCAUGGAGCCCGAUCUCAGAUCAGAUCAUCAGCGAUCGACUCGUCCCAGAAAAUGGAAGAUGCCUUCGCAUAUUCCUGUCUCAUCCGACAUGUCCUCUCUCUCUCUCUCUCUCUCACAAUAAUCACAUGUCUCGCACUUGUCGUCUCGUGUAUGAAUUCCGCCAGCCGUUCCUUGCACCCGUUCCCUCACUACCACAGACGAACAGCAGCCUUGAGUCCAAAGCCAGCAGAGGGAGCGAAAAUGUGCGUGGUCUUGUCUCGGGCCGAACAAGAACAGCUGAUCGAGAAGCUCCAGGUCUUCAAGAUCAAGGGCCGGGACAAGCGCGGCCGCAAGGUUCUCCGCAUUGUCGGGAAGUUCUUCCCAGCUCGAUUCCUGAGCACCGAGGUAGUGAACGAGUACCUGGAGGAGAAGAUCUAUCCGAGGCUGAGCAGGAAGCGGUUCAGUGUGGUGUACGUGCACAGCGAAGUCCAGAGGAGCGACAACUUCCCCGGAUUCUUGGCCCUCCGGUCCAUGUACGACUCGAUCCCUGCCCAGGUCAUGGACAAUCUCGAGACCGUCCACUUCGUCCAACCCGGCCUUCAGGCCCGCCUCUUCUUCGCCACUUUUGGCCGCCUUCUCUUCACCGGCGGGUUGUACGGGAAGCUGAACUACGUGAGCCGGCUCGACCUACUGUGGGACCACGUGAGGAGGAGCGAGAUCGAGAUUCCGGAGUUCGCACAAGAGCACGACGAGGAUUUGGAAUACCGUCCGAUGAUGGACUACGGCUUGGAGAGUGACCAUGCUCGGGUUCACGGUGCUCUGGCGACGGAUGCCUCCGUGUCCAUUUAUUCCAUGCGUUGUAUCUCGUGAUCUUAAUCGUGUCGUGCCACAAUAAAUAGUGGUAGAUCU